AUGUCCUUUCAGCUGCUUUCCGCAUCUGCCGCAACGACGCUCCUCAUCAUCAUCUCCAUCUUCAUCAUGCGCCGUCUACGGACCUCACAGACCCUACAAGCUGUGAAGAAGCCCAACCACCUAGACCUCACGAUCAGCUCACCAGAGCCUACCAAGCUCAGCAAAAGCCUUGCAUCGGCACUGCCCGACAGCGUCAUCUUUCCGCACGACGCCGUCGCCUUCAAGGAGUCGAUAAAUUCCUACUGGGCCCAGCAGGAGUGCGAAGUGAUCCCAGCAUGCGUGGUCCGCCCCCGCGACGUUCAGCAGCUCUGCGUGGCCGUCACUGUCCUCAAGCGCGAGUACGACGAGCGAGGGAAGCAAGCUGGCGAGCAAAAAGCCGAAGGACUAUUCGCUAUCCGCAGCGGCGGCCAUUCUCCGGUUUCCGGUGCUGCGAGCAUCAAUGGAGGUGUCAUGAUCGACCUUGGCCUCUUGUGUGAGGUGACCCCCUCUGAGGGUGGAUCGAGCGUGGUCAUCGGAGCUGGCGCCAAGUGGAUGGAUGUUUCCAAGAUCCUGGACGAGAAGAGUCUCGCUGUUGUUGGAGGCAGGAACUCUGCUGUUGGGGUGGGCGGCUUGACUUUGGGAGGCGGUCUCUCUUUCUUCUCCCCCCGCUUCGGCCUAGUCUGCUCCAACAUCCUCAGCUACGAAGUCGUCCUGGCCUCCGGCUCCAUCACCGCAGCCUCUGCAUCAACUAACCCCGACCUCUGGCGCGCCCUCAAAGGCGGCUCCAAUAACUUCGGCCUCGUCACGCGCUUCACGGCCCGCAGCUUCCCCUCCACCAAAAUCUGGAGCGGCUUCCUCUACAUGCCCGCCUCUCAAGCCGCCAAGGUCCUCGCGGGUUUCCACGAAUGCCUCAACAGAGAGGAUUCGGGCGAUUCCAGCACCACGUACGACAACCACGCCGCCGGCCCCAUAGCCUGCUUCUCCUAUAUCCAGAAACUCGGCGUUCAGGCCAUCUCCGUGAAUCUCGUCUAUACCAAGCUCCCCGAGAACGAGAAGAAAUGGCCCGCCUGCUGGAGGACCUCAACCUUCGGAUCGCUUUGGCGCCUCUGGAGCACCUGCAAGGUCCGCACCCUAACUAGCGCGACCGAUGAAAUGAACGCGCUCAACCCCCCCGGCAGGCGCCAGGUCUUCGCCACCACGACUAUCAAGAACGACCGUGCCACCCUGGCGGCCGCGCACGCCGCCUACUGCGAUGCUAUCGCCUCGCUCCGCCGUGUCAAAGUCAAGGGCUUGGUCUGGACACUCGUCCUGCAGCCGCUCCUACCGGACUGGGUACGCAAGGGCGAUGCGAAUCCGCUAGGCCUGCACGACUGCACUCAUGAGCCUCUCGUUAUCGUGAGCUUCACGGUCAACUGGGCCGAACGCCGAGAUGACGAGUUCGUCAAGACGACGACGCGCCGCGCCGUUGAGCAGAUUGAUGCCGUUGCAGCGGCUAAUGGAACGGGCCAUCGAUAUCGGUACAUGAAUUAUUGCGCGGAGUGGCAGAGGCCGUUUGAAGGUUAUGGUGGGGAGAAUUGGCGGUUCUUGCAGGGGGUGAGUAGGAGGUAUGAUCCGGAGGGGUUGUUUCAGAGGGGGUGUGUAGGUGGGUUUAAGCUUGGUGUGGUGGAUGGUGAGGCAUGA